ACAACAUUCUUGAAAAUGCUGAUAACAGUCUGAUUACUGCCUCUGUUUUCUUGGACAUUAGGAAAGCAUUUGACACCGUUGACCAUGCUAUUCUGUUCUGUAAAUUAAAAUCUGUUGGCUUGGAUGACAAUACCCUAAAUUGGUUCGAGUCCUACCUUUCCUCUCGUCAACAAGUAACAUCCAUUGACAAUACUCUGUCCAGCUCUCUACCCGUGUCAGUCGGCAUUCCACAAUGA